UUAAACGAACGACUUCAACAGGAACCCGCAGACUGACUUCAAUGCGCUUUCGGCACAUCGCAGGAAAACAGCCGUGUCAUGCUGCUACUAAGUCUACUUUUCGUGUCAGCAGCUGUGGCCAGCCCUCUGCUGGGCACAGAGCAGUGUGCUCGUGGACCCCCUUACUGGUGUCAGAAUGUGAAGACUGCGUCUCUGUGUGGAGCGGUGACUCACUGCCAGCAGAACGUAUGGAACAAACCCCAGAUGAAAACUGUGCCAUGUGACUUGUGCAAGGAGAUAGUCAUGGUGGUCUUACAGGUGUUAAAGGACAAUGCAACACAGGCUGAGGUUCUUGGCUACAUGGAGAAGGCCUGCCAGCUCGUUCCUGACAAAGGUUUGAGUUCAGAGUGCAAAGAGAUGGUUGACAAUUACUACCCCAUUGUCAUAGGAAUCAUCAUUGGAGAGCUGCAGGAUCCCGGUGUGGCUUGUGGCGCUAUAGGCUUAUGUCGCUCUCAGCAGAUGGCGCUGGCUGAGCUUCAUCAACAGCUCCUGUCCAACAAGAUCCCACAAGUGGACCUUUCACAACAAGCAACACCAUUCCUCCUCAAUGUGCCCGGGCUCCUCUAUCCACAAGAGACCCCAAAACCAGAAACUCCAGUUGCGGGAGCGAAUGACGUGUGCCAGGACUGCAUCAAGUUUUUGUCUGAUACACAAGCAGAAGCCAAGGCCAACUCAUCUUUUGUAGACUCUCUCAUUGAGACAAUUGAGAACAAGUGUGACCUGAUGGGACCUGGUUUGUCUGACAUGUGCAGGCAGUAUGUCAGCCAGUAUGGCAGCCUUGCCGUUGAGCAGCUGCUGUCCAUGGAGCCCAAGGAUGCAUGUUCCAAUGCUGGUUUCUGUAGUGCCAUGAAGAAGUCCACUCCCAUGUUGAAUCUGCUGCCUGCCAAGAUGUUACCUGCUACCAAGAGCGUGCUUGCUCUCAAUCUUGUUCCGGCGACCAAGAUGCAAUCUAAGUCUGCAAAACCUAUGGUGCGGGUUCGUGAUUCCCCAAUGUGUGCAAUCUGUGAAUUUGUGAUGAAUCAGUUGGAAAGCAUGUUGAAAAAUAAGACAACUGAGGACGAGGUGAUACAAGCUGUGGAGAAAGUUUGCGCCUACUUGCCUUCCAGCCUGGGUACCGAGUGUAAGGACCUAAUUGAUACCUACGGACAGGCCAUCAUUGAGCUGCUGAUACAGGAGGCUGACCCCAAGACAGUCUGCACUGUCUUGGCACUCUGCAAUAGUGCUAAACGUGCAUUUGUCUCUGCUCUUGAUGUGACCACCUUCAACGCUGGUGGCUACUGCAAGGUAUGCAAGAUGGCCGUCACCUAUAUCGACGGCAUCCUGGAGAAGAAUGCGACCGAGGCACAAAUUGAAGAGUCUGUGAGGAAGGUUUGCAGCUUCCUGCCUGACUCCUACCAGACACAGUGUGACCAGCUGGUUGAACAGUAUGAGCCCAUGCUUGUGCAGCUACUGGUUCAGAUGCUUGACCCUGACUUUGUGUGCAUGAAAAUGGGUGCCUGUCCUGACGUCAUGCGCCGACUGCUGGGAACCGAGCAGUGCAGCUUGGGACCUUCAUUCUGGUGCAGGAGCAUGGAGACAGCAGCCCGAUGUGAUGCUGUGGUUCACUGCAGGCGCCACGUGUGGGCGUAAAAGACGAUCAGCGAAAAGUUUUUAUUAGGGAAUUAACUGCAUUGCUGCUUCCUACUUCAACCAUUUGUUCUUUUCUCUACUAGAGUAAAAUGAAUGAAUUAAUUUGAUAUGAUUUGUGAUAAUGGGACUGGUCUUUGUUUUAACCCUCUGACUGCGUGGGAUAACAAAUGUUUAUCUUGCUUUCAUUUCUGAAAACAAGCUAGUUCUGCACUGUAAUGUUUUGCAGUCUGGCAUAUUUGAGUUUAUUUUUUUGUCCUGCUUGCUGCAUAUGAUUAUACGUAGAAACACAAGUCAAGUUUUACAUUAAUUGCAGUGUCGAACCAAGGGGAUAGAUAUUGUUGCUUUUCUCCUCGCAGGAUGAACCGAGAGCAAACAAGAUGAAUUAAGAAUGAUUGACAGAUGUAACCUUAGGAGCGUAUUCUCUUCUAAAGGAAAUGCUGAUCUUUUGUCAGUCAGAAUGUUUGUGAAUUGUUGUGAUGAUGAUGGUCUUGUUCCUUUGUUUGCACUGUCCUAACAGUUUGUAAGUGGUCGCUUUUUCUAACCUACACAAAAAUAUCUUGUGUUCUGCUUCAUGUCCUGAGCCGGAAAUUUUAAUUAUUAAAAUGAUUUAAACCACCGAAAA